GCCACAUUCCACUCACUCCAUUCUGCACGCCAGCGACAGCAGCCGCAGCGCGGCGGGGACGGCAACGCGACCCCAUCUCCGGCACCGGGACGGCGACCGUCUCACUGGACCGAUGGCAGCAGAGAACAAUCGGCACUGGAAGCCACCGUCGUCGUGGUCAGCCCUCCCGCUGGAACUGGCAGGCCUGGUGCUCCGCUUGCUCCCCGCAUACGCCGACCGCGCCCGGUUCGCCGCGGUGUGCCCACAGUGGCGUGCCGCAGCCAGGCAGAAGCUGACGCCCCCUCCACUGCCGCUGCUCGCGCUCCCUGACGGCACCUUCUACAGCCUCCCCUACGGCGAGCUCUUCCGCUUCCCCGGCUGCGGCUUUGCUGGGUACAAGAGCGCCUGCGGCAGCUGGCUUGUCUUCCCCCGCGACGAUGGGUGCUUCCUUGUCAACCCUUUCUCCAGGGCCACCGUGACGCUCCCUGCUCUCUCGAGCGUCCGACUCCGGCCUCCAAAUGCAGUCACUAAGUGGUCAGAUGUGGGAAAGGCGAAAUGUGCCGAACCUUUCUGCACAUGGAUGCAUAUCAAUGAUUCAGAGGAGCUGCACAUAAUUAAGCUGCUCCUGUGCUCGCCAAACCUCGUUGCUGCACUGGUCGGUGUUGAAUACACCAGUCAGAUCCUAAUGUGCCAGCCAGGGGCCUUGUCGUGGUCGGUACGUGCAUGCGAUGAGUGUAAGGAUUUUGAAGACAUGGCAUUCUACCAGGGAAAGCUCUAUGCCAUCACCGAUGAUGAGGACCUCCUUGUGGUGAACGUCAGCAGUGACCAAAGCACCGGCGAUCCACAGGUUUCUCGGGUUGGAAGGGUCAUCAAGGCCAAGGGUGACCAUUGCUACAAGGGGGACCUCAGUGUCUACCAUGUUGUGUGUCGAGAGAACUCUGUACCCGUCAUGCCCGUCAAGAAGGUCUAUCUGGUUGAAUCGUGUGGCGCGUUGCUGAUGGUACGCAGGAAGAUUUGGUGCCAGGCUCCUAGACCUGGAGUGACCAGUAAAAUUGUUGCUGGAAAGAGCGAGUUUGAGGUAUUCAAGGCUGACUUUGAGCAUUCACGGUGGAUCAAGGUGUCGACCGUGGGGGAUGACCAGGUUCUGUUUGUAGGGCGAAGGUGCUCCAGGGCUCUGUCUGCGUCUCGGUAUGGCUUACUGGGCAAUCGCAUCUUCUUUUUGGAUGACGAUGACGAGCAUCGCGUGGACUACUUCUACGACAAGGAGAACACGUCUUGCAGCUCCUAUGACAUGAGACUCGGCGAUGUCUCUUCCCCUCAUCCAAUGAUUUCCUGGAAGCGCCGCAAAGAGAUGCGUCUGGCAGCAUGGCUAUUCCCCCAGGACUGAAUUGAAGGUGCUAUAUUGUUGUUGGCUUGUUGUUAUACAAGCUACUCCCAUGUUUAUCUAACCAUGCUGUAGAUGUUGGUGUCCAUCCUUUAUUUUGCAAGCUGCUCACAGGUUAUCUAUCUGACUGUGGUAAACAUGGCGGUUCAUUAUGGUGUUCGGAGGUCCCAUACAAGCCGUGAAAUGCCUUAGUGGAGAGUAUUUAACUUUCUUAUGCCAUAGUUGCCAUGUAUCAGUGAUUGUCUGAAUUUAUUAUGGUGGUUACUAUGCAAGCUGUUAACUGCAUCGGUUUUCAACCUGCACAGUUCAGUGGUUCUCCUACAAGCCGCAAAA